GAUCUGUCUUCGCUGCCUAGUAAAUAUUAAUUUAAUCCCAAACCAAUUCAACUCGCGACUCCAAUUGGCGGUCUUCGGCUGCUGCGGUCAAAGUGUUUUUUUUGUGCCCCAAAAGAGUUGAAACCGCUGACCAGGCGAAUAACGGUGCCGGCGCACAGAAGCGACAGAGACAGAGACAGAGCACACAGCACUUGCACACACCCCCUGCACCCAGCGCACACAUAGUCAUGAUCCCCGAGAGAAGCCGGGGGAGCCAAGUGGCCCUCCUGCUGGUCGUCCUGCUGGCGGCCAUCGCUGGGCACGCGGAGGCCCAGAAGUCCGCCAAACUGACGGCGACCGGCAGCUCCUGCGCGUCCAAGCUGCGGUGCAACACCUGCAUCCAGGUGGAGGGUUGCGUCUGGUGCCAGCAGCCGGACUUCAAGGGCCAGUCGCGUUGCUACCACAACGCCAGCCAGCUGUGCCCCGAGGCGUUCAUCUACAACCCGGAGUCCAAGGCCGAAAUUCUGCUCGACGAGCAGCUAACGGCGGCCGGAUCUGCGGCCAGCUCCAGCUCCUUCAGCCAGAGCUCCCAGGGCUCGUACUCCGGCAGCGGGUCCCAGCACGCCUCCGGCAAGAUUGUCCAGAUCCAGCCGCAGUCCCUGCGACUCCAGCUGCGCGUCAAUGAGAAGUACAAACUGAAGGUCAGCUACUCGCAGGCCGUGGGCUACCCGGUGGACCUCUACUACUUGAUGGACCUGUCCAAGUCCAUGGAGGACGACAAGGAGAAGCUGUCCAAGCUGGGCAACAAGCUGUCCAUCGCCAUGAAGAACAUCACCUCGAACUUCCGCCUCGGCUUCGGCUCGUUCGUGGACAAGGUGCUCAUGCCCUACGUCUCCACCAUUCAGAAGAAACUCGACCAUCCCUGCGACAACUGCAAGGCCCCCUACGGCUACCACAAUCACAUGCCACUCAACAAUAACACCGAAAGCUUCUCUACCGAGGUGAGUGCCGCCCAAGUGUCGGGCAACUUGGACGCCCCCGAGGGCGGCUUCGAUGCCAUCAUGCAGGCCAUCGCCUGCCGCUCGCAGAUCGGCUGGCGCGACAGUGCCCGCCGCCUGCUCGUCUUCUCCACGGACGCGGGCUUCCACUACGCCGGCGACGGCAAGCUGGGCGGCGUGAUUGCGCCCAACGACGGCGAGUGCCACCUGAACAGCCGGGGCGAGUACACGCACUCCAUCUACCAGGACUACCCGAGCAUCUCGCAGAUCAACCAGAAGGUCAAGGACAACGCCAUCAACAUUAUCUUCGCCGUGACCGCCAACCAGUUGUCCGUGUACGAGAAGCUGGUCGAGCACAUCCAGGGCUCGUCGGCGGCCCAGCUGGACAGCGAUUCAUCCAACGUGGUUACCCUGGUCAAGAGUGAAUACGCCAAAAUCUCCUCGUCGGUGGAGAUGAAGGACAACGCCACUGGCGACGUGAAGAUCACCUAUUUCUCGUCCUGCCUGAAUGGCCACGAGGAGGUGCAGACCGCCAAGUGCGAGAACCUGACGCAGGACAAGCUGGUGACCUUCACCGCGCACAUCCAGUUGCUCAAGUGCCCCGAGGAUCCGCGCGACUGGCGCCAGACGAUCCACAUCUCGCCGGUGGGCAUCAACGAGGUCAUGGAGAUCCAGCUGGAGAUGCUGUGCUCGUGUCCCUGCGAGAACCCGGCGUCGCCGACCUAUGAGAAGAAUUCGGACAGCUGCAACAAGCACGGCACCUCCAUGUGCGGCAUCUGCCAGUGCGACGACAGUCACUUUGGCAACAAGUGCGAGUGCAGUGCCACCGACAUCAAUUCAAAGAAUGCCAACGACGCCUCCUGCCGGCCGGACAACACCACGCUGACGGACUGCUCGGGCCGCGGCAACUGCGUGUGCGGCACCUGCGAGUGCCACAAGCGACCCAAUCCGCAGGAGGAGGUGUCCGGCAAGUUCUGCGAGUGCGACAACUUCAGCUGCGAGCGCAACAAGAACCAGCUGUGCUCGGGCAAGGACCACGGCAUCUGCGAGUGCGGCCAGUGCAAGUGCAAGCAGGGCUGGGGCGGCACCAACUGCGCCUGCCAGGAGUCCAACCACACCUGCGCCCCGCCCGGCGGCGGAGAGCUGUGCUCCGGCCACGGCACCUGCGAGUGCGGCACCUGCAAGUGCAAUGCCAACGAGCAGGGACGCUUCUCCGGUCGCUUCUGCGAGAAGUGCCCCACCUGCUCGGGCAAGUGUCAGGAGCUGAAGGAGUGCGUCCAGUGCCAGAUGUACAAGACGGGUGUGCUGAAGAAGCCAGAGGACUGCAGCCGCAACUGCUCGCACUUUGUGCCCGUGGGCGUGGAGAAGUUGGAGAUCGAUGAGUCCAAGGAUGAGCAGAUGUGCACCUUCUUCGACGAGGACGACUGCAAGUUCAUGUUCAAGUAUAGCGAAGUGCAGGGCGUGGGCCUGACGGUCCAUGCCCAGGAGACGAAGGAGUGCCCGCCCAAGGUCUUCAUGCUGGGCAUCGUCCUGGGCGUCAUCGCGGCAAUUGUGCUGGUGGGUCUGGCCAUCCUGCUGCUGUGGAAGCUGCUGACCACCAUUCACGAUCGCCGGGAGUUCGCCCGCUUCGAGAAGGAGCGCAUGAACGCCAAGUGGGACACGGGCGAGAACCCCAUCUACAAGCAGGCCACCUCCACCUUCAAGAACCCCAUGUAUGCGGGCAAAUAAAUGCGACAUCUAACUAAAUACUAGGGAAAUGUAACCUGAUAACUUGCGUCGUUCAACCAACUGCGGGGCGACGACUGUCUGUGCUUGAACCGGAAACCAGAAACCAGAAAACAGAGACCACCACCAAUAAAUCCAGAGAACCCAUCUUCAGAACCGACUCCGAACACACCGACGAAGCUGCUUUGCCCGGGUGCAAAACCACUGAAGUCAACUGCCAUUGAAACGCGUUCUAAACUAAGUCAACCCUAUAUCUACAUAUAUUUAUAUAUACGUUUACACGAGAACGUCCCGCGGGGCAGCCUUUAUACAUUGCGUAUACUUAACGAGCAAACGAUUUGUGCCUUGCAACAUAUUUAGACUAUAUCAUACGUUUAUAGGAGCAGGAAAGCAGACGCAGACACAGCGCACACAGCAACAGCAACAACCAGCAGCCGGAAACGGAAGUGACAAAAGCAGCCAACAAAUGAACCACGAACGAUAGUUAGAUUUACGACUCUUGUGUUCUUUAUUGUGCCCAGGCCAGCACAUGAAUUUGUAUUUUAUUUUACCCUUUCGCCCUAUUUGUAAUCCUUGUUUUGUGUACUUUGCUCACGUCUAAUUUUUUUUCACCGACGCCUUUACUAUUAAUGGAAAACUUAACUGCAACGCCAGCCUCCCGAAAGUCUUGUUCCCCGUCUACAUGUUUUUCUAUUGUUUUUAACGCUAACUUUACAAUUAAUAUUUAAGCCAUUAACAUUUAAGCUUGUACUUGUUAAUUUCGAAAGGCAAGAGGGAGCCCCGGAAGUUUUCCUUUCAUUGCUUAUUUUUGUAUGUUUUUCAUUUGCGGAAAGCGAGAGCGAAGAGCUCGAGAAGAGGGCUGCCGCGUGGCACAGAACGCAAUUACAGUCUCUUGUGCGUGUUUUGUUUCGCCGAAUUUCGAUCAUUAAUAGUAAAUUAAUACUACUAUAUAAAUAUAUACUUUGCCAUUUGUACUGAUUACUGAUUAACAUUUAAAGUAAUGCAAAACCAAAACAAAACAAAAACUUUUGUAUUAAAAAGGAAAAUUAUUUUGAGUAAUUUUAUUGAAUGGUAUGCCAAUACAAGAUGAAGUGGAAACACUAGCAAUACAAAACGAAGUGGAAAUUAAAUUGUUUGACGCUAAUUUUAGUAAAAUAAAUAAAAGAAACCAUAA